AUGUCUUAUUUGACACCUCUGUCCACAAUUGAGCUCAAUUUGAGACAAACAAAAGACAAACCGAAUUCAGAUGAGAAUCUUUCGAUGUCUCCCCUGAAGAUGAAAAAGUUGCCGAAAUGGCUUUUAGAGUUUGAGAGCUUCUCUGUAAAUGACACUAAAUUCAAGAACGAAACCAAUGCUCGACCGCUAACUGAGAGUAGUGUCACUCAAAGGCCGCAAUGGUUUCAAGAGUUGGCUCAACAAAGGAGAUCCAGUGAUGCGUUCACUGCUGUCGAUACAAAUAGUGACUUAUUUUCGACCACUAAUGAGAAGAUAGACUUCUCUGAAUCGGAUGACACCAUCACAAGAAGACGGGGAUCACUGCAAACCCAAGACAAUCCAUACCUCAUCGAUGGACACAUUACAGCAAAAAGUGUUGUUUCGAUUCCUAAAGAACUCAAAAAUUAUAGCGAAUCUCAAGUGAAGAGAACAAGUUUAGAGAAUUCAUUCAAAUCAUGUGAUAAUCUAUUGUACGGAAUGGAUGACAGUUUCAGUGAUUUUAUAAUUCCUGAGCUUCCGUUUGGACAGCAAUUAGUCUUUGAAAUAGUGAGCAAUUGGGGCGACGAAGACUUUGUUGGACUCAAUGGUAUCGAAAUAAUAGACUUAAACGGAUCUAACUUCAAGAUAAAAAAGAUUUGGAGCGAACCUCAAAUAAAUGGCGAUUUGAAUGCACUGAUUGAUGGCGUCUACAGAACUCAUGAUGACUCUCACAUCUGGUCCACGGAAUUAAAAAUAAACAGUCGAUUACCAGUGAAAAUAUUCAUACAAUUCGAGUCUAACGUCUCGAUAGCAUUGAUAAGAAUCUGGAAUUACAACAAAUCGAGAAUAUAUUCGUACCGCGGAAUCAAAUUCUUAAGCAUUUGUUUGGACAGAAAACUCAUAUUCAAGGGCGAGAUCGCGAAGGCGUCGGGAAACCUGAUCGCACCCAUUGAGGCCUUCGGAGACACAAUACUCUUCACGACAAACGAAGAUAUUUUAGAGUCAGUCGCUCUCAGAGACCAUUCGUUUCAAGAAUUGGUUAAUGAAAUCAUUCCUCUGACACAGCAAUAA